UCGCUGGACAGAGAAACGUCUAAGUCAUAGACAUUUGGAGGGGACUUGGAUCCAUUUUCCCCCUUCAAACCCGCAUUUGGAUCGGGAAAAGCCAAGACAUCAACGACACUCAAGACUCGAAGAGCUUUGGAAUACCAUCACAUUUGGAAUAUUCUUUCUUUUGAGUUUUCGUGGUAUCACGCCGCAUCGCAAAAAUUAUUGCUAGCAAUGAAUUCUCGUCAACCCGCACCGCGGCCCGUGUCUACUGCAGGCGUCCGUCGGAAUCUCUUCAACCAGCAUUUAAGUCGACGCCCGCCCAUGACGGGACCGCCCAACCACAGCAUAGCAAGUUCCAGCUCAGGGUCAAAUCAAGUUGCAGGAAUAACUCUUCCAUCUUCUAUUGGCUCUACAGCUUCGCAGCACAUGGGCUCGGAUGCUAUGACAAGUUCGGCCGUGGCAACAGAUAGUAGCAGCGAUAUCGUCGUCAGAGAUCGAAACGGAAAUUAUCAAGUGCAGAUGCCUUUAGUGAUGUUUAGCGGGGAAGGGGAACUGGGCCAAGGAGAAGGAGGCUUGGGCAGUGGUGGAGAUGAAAUUGGCAGUGAAAAGGCCAAGAUAGGGGCAAGACUUGUUGAGCUCUACAGAAGUCAUAAUCGGCGUGCAAGUGAGCCUGCUGAACUUUUCGCUGCAGUUCAAGCCAGUCUUCGCGCAAAAGCAGCCUCCUUGGAUGAGGAUGAUUGGAUGUUCGAAAGCGAAAAAGAUGGCUUCUCAAACAUAUAAAAGGGACAUGAAUCACUUCAGGGUUGGGAUACUUGGGAAAAAGAAGGAAUCCUUGGUUUUCUGGAGUCACGGUGGAGAUAUACCCUUUCUUUCUUUGCAUUAUUUUGGAUUAAGAAAAUAUUUGUAUAUUGCAUCACACCCGGGCACGGUACUAUACGCUUAGAACUUCCCAUGAACUACAUGGGCUUUGCGAGAAAUGUGAAAAGAAGAUGAAUGGCAAACAAAAUGUUAGUCAAGAAUGUCAGUCAAGGUCGACUGCAGGUGGCGCGGGGCU